AUGGCCGAGUUCGGGUUUAGCGGCGAUGAGCUCGCUAUACUCGAAGAGGGUGAAGUCCUCGGGCUGACUAACGAAGAAGUCAAGCAACGAUGUAUGCUCAUUAGUAACGAGGUCAAAGUUCUGCAACAGAAUGUUGCUCAUUUAAAUCAUCAGUUGGCCUUUAAUGCCGAGCAGUUGAAAGAGAAUGAGGACAAGAUAAAGUUGAAUAAGCAGCUUCCUUACCUAGUUUCGAAUGUUGUGGAGGUUUUGGAUCUGGAUAGUGAUACUGAUGAUGCAGGAGAGAGUGGGGGUGUGAUAUCUACAGAUAAGUCGAAGAAGGGUAAGUCGUUGGUAAUUAAGACGUCAACACGGCAAAAUGUGUUUCUACCUGUUAUUGGUUUGGUUCCGGCGGAUGAAUUGAAGCCUAAUGAUCGUCUUGGUGUGAAUAAAGAUAGUUAUCUUGUAUUGGCUAAGUUACCUCCUGAAUAUGAUAGUCGGGCUAAGGCGAUGGAGGUUGAUUCUAAGCCAACGGAAGAGUAUUCGGAUAUUGGUGGUUUGGAUAAACAAAUUCAGGAGCUGGUAGAGGCCAUUGUAUUACCCAUGACACAUGCAGACCGGUUUGACAGCUUGGGUAUCCGUCCACCGAAGGGAGUCUUGAUGUAUGGACCUCCAGGAACGGGAAAAACGCUGUUAGCACGCGCGUGUGCUGCUCAAACAAACGCUACAUUUUUAAAGUUAGGAGGUCCCCAAUUGGUUCAAAUGUUCAUUGGAGAUGGCGCCAAGAUUGUCAGGGAUGCAUUUGAGCUGGCGAAGGAAAAAUCGCCCGCCAUUAUUUUCAUCGACGAGCUUGAUGCUAUUGGAACCAAAAGACAAGAGAGCGAACUUUCAGGAGACCGAGAGGUACAACGAACAAUGCUCGAGCUACUAAACCAACUGGAUGGAUUCUCCUCCGUGGACUCAGUCAAGGUCAUUGCUGCAACCAACAGACCAGAUAUCCUAGAUCCAGCACUACUUAGGUCGGGAAGACUCGAUAGGAAAAUAGAACUACCACACCCAAACGAGGAAGCACGGGCACGCAUCCUAGAGAUACACUCACGCAAAAUGACGGUAGACAAGGCAUCUGUCAACUACAAAGAACUCUCUCGGGCUACCGACGAAUUCAACGGUGCCCAACUUAAAGCCGUCUGUGUCGAAGCAGGAAUGUGCGCUCUCCGUAGGAAAGCCAAACAACUCACCCACGAAGAUUUCGUUGAUGGAAUCGCUGCCGUUCAGGCUAAGAAAAAGAGCGCACUUAAUUACUUCGCCUAG